AUGGGUAGUAAUAUAAAAGAUUAUAAUAGAACAACACGGAAAUCGAUUAUGCAUUAUUGAUGAUAACACAUUCAUAUUCUAUCCUAAUGGUAAAUAGUAUAUGAAUGUUUUUGCGAUGAAUAGUACUAAUAAAUAGUCUACAAAGAUCAAGGAUAUUCCAAGUAAAAAAAAAGGUACAAAUAACUGGUUGUUUGCUUAAUAAUAUAUAAAAUCAAAAUGUAUCCUAUGCUUCAUAUGUGAAUUUAAUGAGGAAAAAACAAAAUGGAGAUGUUAUACUAGAGUAAUCUAUUGA